AUGAAUAACACAACCGGCUUGGUACCGGUAGGAGCUGGCAGUCGGGAGGAGUUACCGGCGCACCGAGCUUUAACGGGCUGCAUCCUGGCGCUGCUUAUCAUUUGGACGCUUUUCGGCAACUUCACGGUGUGCGCAGCCGUUUGUCGCUUCCGGCACCUGCGCGCCAAAGUAACCAACAUCUUCAUCGUGUCCCUGGCUCUGUCAGACCUCCUGGUCGCCGUGCUGGUGAUGCCGUGGAAAGCUGUGGCUGAGGUGGCUGGUUUCUGGCCGUUUGGAGGGUUCUGUAAGACCUGGCUGGCCUGCGACAUCAUGUGCUCCACGGCCUCCAUCCUCAACCUGUGCGUCAUUAGUGUGGACCGAUACUGGGCCAUCUCCAGCCCUUUUCUCUACGAGAGGAGUAUGAACAGGAAAGUAGCGUCUGUUAUGAUCGGCGUGACCUGGACAGUGUCCGUGGUCAUUUCCUUUGUUCCCGUGCAGCUGAACUGGCACCGGGCGGAGAUGGAUGAUCCGGCUGGGGAGGAUUUGGCGCUUCACGAUAAGAGUGUUGAUGGGAGCUGUGACUCCAGCCUGAGCCGCACUUAUGCCAUCUCCUCGUCCCUCAUCAGCUUCUACAUCCCCGUGGCUAUCAUGAUAGUCACAUAUACCCGUAUCUACCGGAUAGCCCAGAUGCAGAUCCGGAUGAUAUCCUCCCUGGAGCGGGCGGCGGUGCACGCGCAGAGUUGCCGCUUGGACGCACCUGAACUAUAUCCUCACCUGUGCACGGAAAUCGGUGCCAGCUCAUAUCAGUCUCAAAUCGAUCUUCAUCCUGAUUCUCAGCGCUCUAAUCGGGAGCUCACAGUCUCCAUCAGAAAAGAGACCAAAGUCCUCAAAACUCUGAGCAUCAUCAUGGGUGUUUUUGUCUGCUGCUGGUUGCCGUUCUUUGUCCUGAACUGCGCUCUGCCCUUCUGUCCCGGACCAGGGGCACCGGGGGCCCAGCGGGGUCCUCACUGCGUCAGCGAGAAAACCUUCGAUGUGUUCGUGUGGAUCGGCUGGAGCAACUCAUCCCUUAACCCAGUCAUCUAUGCGUUUAACGCGGACUUCAGAGACGCGUUUCUGCGCCUGUUGCGCUGCCGCGGAGGAGGCUGCUGCGCCGCGGUGAGCGCAGUAGUGGAGACGGUGAUGGCGAGCAACGAGGCCGGACACCUGCAGCAGGAUAGCCCGCUCAACGUGAGGCUGGCCGUCUCCUGUGCCAUGACCACCAGGGGAAGCGAGGACAGUGGGAACACAACGGUGACUUUGUUUUGUCACGGUGGGACAAGCUCGGAGCUGGUGACGGACACUGAGGAAAGUAACGACAAAGACAGACUGACGCAGAUACCUAUAUAGGUGACACUAUUCAUGAUAUGCCAUGUGCGGGGUCAGAGAGCAGGUAAACUAUGCAGAGGAGGUGGAUAAUGAUGUAGAAGGCCUACAGGGACAGGAAACAGCAAAUGCAAAGUGAAUUUACUCUCAAGGUCUUCAAACAUCUACAUGAACAUAAACAGCUACAUGUGCAGACAAAAAUACUCCACCUUAGAAGAUCAGAUUAACACCCAUUAUCCAUUACCAUGCAUGCAGUGGCGCCCCCAAGUUGGAGUCAGGUGAUAGGAUUGCUAGCAAUAUCUUGAAA